AUGAACAGCAAUUCUUGGCAACAUCCAUAUGUGAAUAUAUUCAAACAUUUUGACAUAAAUUCAGCCAAGAAAUGUAUCAAACAAGGAGAUGUUUCAUCCGUUAUGGAUCGCGAUAUCAAAUCGACUGUUUAUCGAAUACGUGGUUUAGUACCAGCAAAUAAUUAUAUUCAAUUUCCGUCUCAAUCACCAACUCAAAAUCUCUCACUAACCGGUCGUCUAUUUUAUAUAUUAUUUCGACCAAUUUUCAAUAAAUACUUCUGUAUACAUAUUGACAUUCUCACACAUGAACAGCAUCUCAUACGUAUAUCGUUAUCGAAUCUCUAUCGUGAAUUCAAAGUUACACAAACAUCAAUACAAUUUCCAUACAUGACGACCGGCACUGACGUUCACUGGUCAGUGUUAUGUUUAGAUUUACAUGUUAUUCUAUUGACAUAUAUGGCCAAUGAACAUUAUCAUAUGAUUAAGUCCUUCCAAUUAUGUGGAAAUCUAUUUGUGAAAAAUUGUUUUACUUCUCAAUUUCUGUACGAACCAGGUAUCGAUAACGAUACAGCAAAACGAAGUGGUUUAGUUCGGGCUGGUAUACAUUCAUUGCCGCGGGAAUUAUCGUAUCCGAUUGAGAAAGGUGAAUCUUGGCAUGAUAAAUACGAUUUCAUCAUGUUUCCGAACACCUCGUCUUUGAUGGGGAAAAGUCCAAGUGAACCAUUUGAUAAGGUUGGCAAUGUACGCUUACCAACGCCAAGAAAAUUGCAUACUACAGAAGACAAUGUCGAGGAGAUCGAAAACGAUGGUAUGAUACCAUUGACUGUGCAAACGACUGUCGUCAAUGGACAAAUCAAAAGAUCAUUAACUGAUUUUGCACAAAUUACACAAAGAUCUGCAUCGCCAAAAGACAAUCAACUCAAUUGGCGGGCAUAUCAUAAUUCAACGGAAUAUUUCUCCACCUUACCUAAUCUCAGUGAUUGUACUCCGGCAUCAGAUCAGAAUCAUCACGAUGGCGUUCAUCUAUUUGUCAAUCCACAAAAGAUUCCAUCGUCAGCAUCGAUUGUCGAUGAUUCGAGUUAUGAUCUAGCUUUAACAGCGAAUCAUUCACAUCAAACUACGCUUUUGCCUGACCCAAUCCUUCGAUUACGUACUUCCAUUGGUCUAAGCUACGGAAUCAGCAGUUUACUAUGGACACAUGAUAACAAUUACAUUCUCUAUCCAUCGAAUGCUGUCAUCGUUCAGAUGCACGUUGAAACACAGCAGCAGUGGUUUUUCAUUGGACAUACAAAUAAAAUAACUGCUAUUGCAUACAAUGAUCGUUUAUCAUUGUUAGCAUCGAUACAAACAGGAAUGAAUGCUAUCAUUCGUCUAUGGAAAUUUGAAGCACGUCGUUGUAUUCAUGCUACUCGUGUUUUGAAUACUCGUGAUCUCUUCGCACUUGACUUCGGAAAUAUGAAUUCAUCGUCAUAUUUGAUUGUUAUUGGUCACGAUGAUCAAUCUCGUACAGUUAUUUGUGUUUACAAUACUUCCAAAGGUUCAAUCGACUUAUUAUCUCGAGCAACAACUGAUGUGUCAAUUACACAUGUACGAUUUCUUCCUAAUCAUUCCACAAGUUUCAUUUCAAUCGGUUUUGACAACAUCCGCUUUUGGAGUAUUACUAACGAAAAUGACUUUAAAUCGGUCAAUAUACCAAUGAACAAUCAUGGACAUUUCGAAUACACUGAUUUGCAAUUCGAUUAUUUCACUAACAGUCAGAUGAAUGAAAUCAUUGUCUACAUCGCAACGAAAUCCGGUCAUAUUCUCGAAAUCUUAUACGAUGAGAAACGCGUUAUUCGCAUCCAUUCUCUCGUUGAUCGAUUAGCUAUGAACAAAGGAUCCACAUUUUCUAUUACGAAAUUAACAUGUACAAACCAGUUUUGUAUAACAGGUUCCACUGAUGGCUAUAUUCGAGUUUGGUCAACAGAUUUCUCCCAAGUCUAUAUUGAAGCCAAAUAUGAUCAGGCGAUUGGCGACUUAGCAUGUUCAACCGAUCAAACGCGUAUUGUAAUUUUAACACAAUCCAGUUCGAUGAGUGUGCUGAAUCUUGUUACCAAAGCACCUUUGAGCUUGCUUCGAGCACAUACGAAAUGUAUCCUCGAUAUUGAUUAUGAUCAUACGAGAAAGCAACUGAUCAGUGUCGGUGAAGAUGGAACAAUACGAAUUUGGUGUUUUCGUACGGGGAAACAGUUAUCUGAGUUUACUUCCGAAAAAGAAAUACCGACAGUUGUCGCUUACACGCCCGAUCGACAGAUGUUUGCCUGUGGAUUCAAUAAUGGAACAAUCAAGAUCUUCGAUCUGAAUACAUCAAUGAUAACAAACGAAACAAAACAUCAUUCCGCUAGUGUUACUGGUCUUCUCUAUUCAUCUGAUGGAUUGUACUUAGUAAGUUGUGACGAAGGAGGCGAUCUAUGUUUGUCUGAUGCCAACAAUAAUUAUAAACUACUAAAAGCAAUUGAUAAAGCUUUGGCCAUUUCAAAUAAGAGCUCAGUACUACUUUCGACUAACUCCGAUGGAAAAUAUACUGUUUACAUUGGUCCAACACAAUACAUUGUUACAACCAUUGAAACUAAUACUUUGAAUCAAUUGUUACGUAUCGACAUUAGUAGUUGUACAUUUCUUACAGCCGAUCAACGAACAAUCACAUCGGCAGAAUCAGGUUUAUUUGCACGUUUCACACCUAAUCGUCAACUUCUAGUGGCAACAACAAAUUUCAAACUACUUAUAUUCGAUUGUUAUACUGGACAGUUAUUAAAUAUCAUCGAAAAUGUACAUCAACAAUCCAUUGACUGCUUGGCUGUUUCAUCGGAUAGUCAAUAUCUUAUCACUGGUGGUGAUAACAUCUUAAAAUUUUGGAAUAUUAAUAUGGAAUUAGAUAAAAAUUAUCAAAAUUUUGUUGGCCAUUCAAAUCGCUUACGAAAGAUUCUCUUUACAGACGAUAAUAUGCAAGUGAUCAGUAUUGAUGAUUCGAUAUUGAUUUGGGAUGUACUUGCUUGGGGUGCUACACAACCUACGAUGCCAAAUGAUGCACAAUGUAUUGUUCCUCCACAGUCUGUUAUGUCAAAAAUUCUAGAAAAGACAGCAGUACAGGCAAAACCGAUCCGGCGAGGAAUACUUCGUAAUUCUCAACCAACAAGUGAACAAACGACAGCUCGUGCCAUAACACGUUCGUUAUCAACGCCGGAGAUUGAUGAAACAGUUGUCAUCACUCAUGGAGAAAAGAAAACAAAUAAGAAACAGUUGUUAAAUAAACAGUUUUACGAGGACGAAUCGCUUGUCCCAUCUUCUAUCCGACGCCAUUUCGUAUCACGAAUGAAUCAUUCGCAGUUAGCCAAAAAACGAUAUGUUGCUGCAACGAAUGAGGAGAGUCUGAAACUUCAGUCUAUUAUUGGUUAUAAUGGUAACGGAAGGGAGAAUCUCGUCUGGUACCCACAUACCAGUUUCUUUGCUUAUACAGUUGGUUGUAAUAUUAUCGUUGAAGAUCUGACAACUAAUCAGCAAACUAUUCUAACAGGUAUCUUAUCUUUUGGAAUUGCUAAUAUACCUUCAACCGCUCCGAUUUGCACAGGACAUACGGAAGAAAUAUCCACAAUGGCUCUUUCAAACGAUGGAAGAAUCUUAGCAAGUGCUCAAUGUGCAAUACUAACGAAGAACGAAGAUAAAAUCAAAUCGAAAGUUAUCAUUUGGGAUACGCAUAAACUUCAUCAAAAGUGUUCUUUUUAUCAAUCCGUUCACGCAAUCCAAGUCAUGGCAUAUUCAAAAAAUGAUCAAUACUUGAUUACGAUUGGAAAUUAUCGAAAACCAACAGUUACUAUUUGGUCAACUCAAAACUAUUCUCAUCUGCUCGACUGGCAAGAUGAUUUUUCCGUAUCGUAUAUCAAUUGUCUCACGUGGAAUCCGAUUCGUCUAAAUGAAUUUUGUAUCGGCGGUUCCCAGAGUACUAUUCGUGUUUGUUCCAUCAAUGAACAAACAGAUGCGGAUGAUAUCAGCUUACAAGUGGUUAAUGGCACUAUUCCAAUUAUUUUAAAUGAACAAACACAAAAAUCCUGUGAAAUAACAGCGUGUACUUACGUAGCAUCGACAAUAAAUCUUGUGUUAUGUGCCACAAACCAUGGAUUUAUUACUUGUUGGAACAGUCGAUUGUGUCUGUGUGUUCUUCACUGGAAAGCGGACUCCAGUGAAAUAUCGUACAUAGCGUCGAUCAAAGAUCAACUGUUGACUGGAUCAUCGACUGGUUGUUUAAAGCUAUGGAAUAUAGAAAAUCUCGAAAAGAAUUUAGGACACUCAAAUACUACGGAUUCCAAUUAUGGAUUAACUAUUAAAGAUGAAUUCCAGUUAGAUGAUGGAAUUGUAAGUGGAACAUUUGACAAUGUAUUCGACAUGGGUAUUGUGGGAACAUUAUGUGGAUCACUAUGGUACAUAUGUUGGAGAACAGAUAAAUCGAAAACACGUCUAGUCACCUCACAUACGGACCAAAUAACCGGUCUGAUCUCUAUCGACAAUAAUCAUAUUGCCACCAGUAGCGUCGAUGGCACGAUACGGAUCUUUCAACUAGAUGAUCGCAACGAAGUUCUUCGGUUCAAUAUCAAUGGAUUGAAAGUGACUUGUUUGACGUCAUGGAACAAUUCUACUGUCAUGAAAUCGAAUGAACUUCGUUUAACAAGUGUGAUGAAGAAUAUCAACUCAUCAGUUCGAUCCAUUGUUGCUGGAUAUGAUGAUGGCACAUUGAGAAUCUUCGAUCUUGUACACGAACAGAUGACCUUAAAGCUACAAGCACACACAUCUUCCAUUACUGCACUCCAUAUUCCUUAUCAUAGUAAUAUUAGUAUCUCUGGUGCAUCGGAUGGUUCAGUAGCAAUAUUUAAUCUGGUUCAAGGACUUCUAUUACGUGUACUCAACGACCAUCGUGAUUCAGCAUCCAUCUGUAAUAUUGAUUCCAAGAAAUUAUUCGAAAAUAGUUCUUAUCUAUGGCUCAUUACUAGCCGUGAUCGACGUGUUAGUUUAUGGAGCUCAAAUUCAGAAUUUCAGACUUGUACAUUAAUGGAUUGGCUGACAUUUUCUGCUCCUAGUUCAUUCAAUGAUCGUCAAUUAUUGCCUCCUAGCUUGGCACGUUUUAUUGAUACUAAUUCAAUCAUGUACACUGGUUACGGUCUAGAAAAAUGUCUGCAAAUCUACAAAAUUGAUGCUAGACAAAUCACUCGAACGAUCUCAUUAAAUCAAUGGUGUUCGUCUUUCGACUUAUCGGAUAGAAAAAACACGAAUCGUUUUAUUGCACUUGGCACCAGUGGUCGUUUAGUUCAACUGAAAGAUUAUAUUCAGGAAACAUUUCAAGAUUUUCUUGGUCAUAACGAUGUCAUAUCAAAUAUAACAUUUAACAAAUCCAAUGAUUUACUAAUCAGUAUAUCGUCGAAUGAAAUCUUUGUUUGGAAAGUAGUUUUGAACUAA